AUGGGGAAACGAUCAAUCUCUGAGGUCGGCGAUGCCGAGUUGUCCAGGAAGAAGAGUAAGAAGGACAAGUCCGAGAAGUCCAAGAAGAGCGUUGCUGUAGACGCAGUCGAGGCAAACGGCGACAAUGUAGACGCCUCUGAAGCUGAGCGCAAGGCCGCGAAGAAGGCCAAGAAGGAAGCAAAAGAAGCAAAGAAGGCGAAAAAGGUCGAGCCUGCCCCUGCGGUAGAGGAAGACGAGGACGCGGUAAAGGCAGCCAGGAAAGCUGCGCGCAAAGCAGAGAAGAAGAAGGCAAAAGAGGCAGCAAGCGCAAACACCACAGCACCUACCUCAGUCGCAACGUCUGCAGUUGCUUCUCGAGUCGAGUCCUCAGUCACAAGCCCUGAACCGCCCGCAAGCGGCGAGUACCAGGAAGACAAGGAGCUGUCGCAGCUUCCCCAGUCCGAGAUCGACGCCUUCCUGACCAAGCACGUUGUAACAAUCGACGAUCCGAAGCCCGGGCACAAAUUGCGCCCGAUCAUAAACUUCAAAUACCUGCCCAUCAAGAACGAAGCUUUCGCUAAGUUCACGACGCCCACUCCUAUCCAGGCCGCGGUGUGGCCCUCUCUGUUCGCAGGGCGGGAUGCAAUUGGUGUGGCAGAGACAGGAUCUGGCAAGACAUUGGCGUUUGGUGUACCUUGUGUGCGCUAUAUCCAGUCUCUGCCCAAGAACAAGCGCAGAGGUGUGAAGGCAGUCAUUGUCUCCCCCACCCGCGAGCUGGCUGUCCAGAUUCACGACCAGCUGGUGACUCUGGCCGGUCCUGCUGGACUUGGGGUUGUCUGUGUCUACGGAGGUGUGCCCAAGCCUCCCCAGAUCGAGGCCUGCCGCACAGCGUCUAUCGUUGUAGCCACACCUGGCCGUCUCAACGAUCUUAUUGGAGAAGGCUCUUGCGACCUCAGCAGUACCGAGUAUGUCGUGCUCGACGAGGCCGACCGCAUGCUCGACAAGGGUUUCGAGGAACCCAUCCGCCAGAUCAUCACACAGUGUCCCAAGAAGCGCCAGACGCUCAUGUUUACUGCGACUUGGCCUCCUUCCGUCCGUGAGCUAGCGUCCACCUUUAUGGUCUCACCUGUCAAGAUCACGAUCGGCGACAAUGUAUCCGGUGAACUCCGUGCCAACAUCCGCAUCAAGCAGGAGGUUGAAGUUGUAGAUCCCCGUGCUAAGGAGCAGCGUUUGCUGCAGCUCCUUAGACAGUAUCAGUCCGGCAAGAACAAGGAUGACCGUAUUCUGGUCUUCUGUUUGUACAAGAAGGAGGCUAUGCGCAUCGAGCAGUUCAUCCAGAGAUCAGGCUUCAGAGUCGGCGGAAUCCACGGCGAUCUGAGCCAAGACAAGCGCACUGCUUCUUUGGCAGCCUUCAAAGAGGGCAAGGUUCCGCUGCUCGUAGCAACAGAUGUGGCUGCGCGUGGUCUGGAUAUCCCAGCUGUAAAGGUCGUCAUCAACGUCACCUUCCCCUUGACAGCUGAAGACUACGUGCACCGAAUUGGGCGAACAGGUCGCGCGGGACAAGAUGGUCUUGCAAUUACUCUGUUCACCGAGCACGACAAGGGCCUGUCUGGAUCUCUCAUCAACGUCCUCAAGGCAGCCAAUCAGCCCGUACCAGAGGAACUGAUGAAGUUUGGCACUACCGUCAAGAAGAAGGGUCAUGAGGCCUACGGUGCGUUUUACAAGGACACUGGCGACAUGAAGGCAGCGACGAAGAUCACGUUUGAUUAA